GUAAACAAAUUAUUAUUAGAGGUUAAGUGCUGCAUACGGAAUAUAAGAAUAUAGUAAUUAAACACAAAUAUGGUUAAAUCGAAAAUAUACCUUUUCCAGAAAUAUUUUGAUGGAUAUCCAAAACAGACUGACUUUAAAUUAGUAGAGAAAGAAUUACCACCAAUAAAAGAUAAUGAAUUUUUAGCAGAAGCGGCAUAUUUUAGUGUCGAUCCUUAUAUGAGGUCCUAUUCCGUAAGGUAUCCAUUAGGAAUUCCUUUUGUGGGCUCACAGGUGGCAAAAAUAAUCGAAAGCAAGAAUCCAGACUUUCCCGUCGGAAAAUAUGUGGUUGCUAACUUUGAUUGGAAAACGUACACAGUAUCAGAUGGAAAAGCACCUGAAGGUCAUGUCUUUACACAGGAUCCAUACCUUUUACCAGAUAUAGGAAAUAUACGUGUAUCUACUGGACUUGGAGUAUUAGGAAUGCCAGGAAAUACUGCUUACUUUGGUGUAACAGAAAUACUGAAACCCAAACAAGGUGAGACUGUAGUAAUAUCUGGAGCAGCUGGUGCUGUGGGUAGCAUCGCAGGUCAGCUGUGCAAGUUAAUGGGUUGUAAAGUAGUUGGGAUUACGGGAUCAAAAGAAAAGGGUAAAUGGUUAGUUGAGGAUCUAGGCUUUGAUACUUAUAUAAACUAUAAAACACGUAACUUGGACGAAGCUCUUAAAGAAGUUGUACCGGAAGGAAUCGAUCGCUACUUUGACAAUGUUGGAGGUGACACAACAUUCUCAGUUCUAAAGCAUAUGAAUCGUUAUGGACAUACAGCUGUAUGCGGAGGAAUUUCGGGAUACAAUGAGACAGACCCUCAAAUUCCAGAUCUUGCUCUUCUGAUUGUAAUGAAAGAAUUAUCCAUACAAGGCUUUCAUGUUCAUCGAUGGUUAGACCGAUGGAAUGAAGGAAUACUCAACAAUUUAAAAUUAAUACAAGAAGGCAAGCUAAAGUAUAAAGAAACAGUGUUUGAAGGAUUUGAAAAUUUGUACCAAGCUUUUCUAAGCAUGAAUAAAGGCGAAGGUAUAGGAAAAAUCGUUGUUAAAGCAUAGAAUAAAAUAAAAUACUUAUAUUGACAUUAAAUAGUUUUUAUGUUU